GUUUCCGCACGGACAUCAAGAGCGAAACCGGCUUGUGCUUCACUUCCGGUACCCAUGACACAGGAGCGAAGUUCUGACAGCUGAUCUUUCGAUCAGUUUAUUUUUCCUUCUGGACUCCAAAUAUUUAUUUUGAAGGUGAUUUGGGGUCCGACGUGCCUGUAACUGUCCGGGGGUGGUGCCGAGAGCGCCUGCGCAGUGGAGGGCGGCAGAUUAUGGUGUAACACGGAUCGCUAGCUCUCAGACUUCAGAUAUAUAAGGGGCAGUUUGGUAAAGAGCUGAGUCGGAGGAAGAGAGGCUCAUCACAGCGCCGCCAUGCUCACACUGGCCAGGAAGUUGAAGAAAGAUGAUGGAGGAAAGGCGGGGCGUUCGUCUGCAACCUCAGACUCCACCCACAGAGUCUCUAUCAGGGACCGCCUCCUUACCAAAGAAGUUGCAGACCUUGAAGCCAAUCUCCCCAGUACAUGCAAAGCCAGUUUUCCAGAUGAGAACAAGCUGCAUCACUUCCAGCUGUCCGUGUCUCCCGAUGAAGGUUACUACCAAAGUGGAAAGUUUCAGUUUGAAGUAGAUGUCCCUGAAGCCUAUAACAUGGUGCCUCCUAAAGUUAGAUGCUUGACCAGAAUAUGGCAUCCAAAUAUCACAGAGAAUGGAGAGAUCUGUUUGAGCUUAUUGAGGGAGCAUUCUAUUGAUGGCACAGGCUGGGCCCCCACCAGAACAUUAAAGGAUGUGGUCUGGGGAUUGAAUUCCUUGUUUACUGACCUGUUGAACUUUGAUGACCCGCUGAACAUCGACGCGGCGGAACAUCAUCUGAGAGACAAGGAGGAUUUUCGGAAUAAGGUUCAAGAUUACAUCAAGCACUACGCCAGAUGAUAGACGCCUCGGCCGCCGACACGAUCCUGCAACAACCAAACUGCUCCACUUUUGCCUCCGCCGAUCUGGCAAACUCCUCCACACGCGUGAAUCAGCGGUAGACCGGGGCGACUCCUCACGCCCGACGCCACGGCUCUGCCUACGCCCCCCUUCUGUUCCCCCCCUUCACCAGACUUCAGCGCAGGAUUUAAAUCAUAGAUUAUAAAACAAUGCUUCAGAGGACGGACUUGCAAGAGAAAAUAUGCUUUAAUCGCUCUUUCAGUUGAGGGCGUGCCGGAAAGAGCCACGCCCACCGAGGACAGAAGGCCUGACCACGAGACCAGACUCAAAUGCAAGGAAUCGAAGACAACAAACGUCUGUUACUAACAGCUCUCUGCUCCAGUGCCUGCAGUGUUUGUGUCGCUUGACAAAGAAUGCAUGACGGUUUAUAAUAAACUUGUAGAAAAAAAAAAGUGUCAAACGAAGUGGUAAAAGUUGGGCAGAUGUUUCUCCAGACGGAGCAUCUGCAACCCCUUCAGACAGCAUGUGAAUGAGCACACCAUCCCGUUUCGUCCUGCUCCUCACCUGUGCACACAGACACACUCGCUGAGUCAUGCAGACCCUCUGUAUGUUUUUUUAAGAUGACUGUGACAUAAAGUACUGCCAACAGAC